GGGGCGUCGGAGAAAUCCCGAGCUGCGUAGAGUCGCCGCCGCCGGGCGCUUUCCCUUGUUUUCUCAUGCCCCCAGCUCCUCCUCUGUGGGGGAGGGCGAAUAGUUCAGUCCUAGCAACAUGGCCGCCACCAUGAAGAAAGCGGCUGCAGAAGAUGUCAAUGUUACUUUUGAAGAUCAACAGAAAAUUAACAAGUUUGCAAGAAAUACUAGUAGGAUCACAGAGCUGAAAGAAGAAAUAGAAGUGAAAAAGAAACAACUUCAGAAUUUGGAAGAUGCUUGUGAUGACAUCAUGAUGCUUGAUGAUGGUGAUUCACUUCUGAUACCCUACCAAAUCGGAGAUGUCUUCAUUAGUCAUUCCCAAGAAGAGACACAAGAGAUGCUGGAGGAGGCAAAGAAAAGUUUACAAGAAGAAAUUGAAGUGUUAGAAUCCCGAGUGGAAUCAAUUCAGAGGGUGUUGUCUGACCUGAAAGUUCAGCUCUAUGCAAAGUUUGGAAAUAACAUAAAUCUUGAGGCUGAGGACAGUUAAAGGUGUUCUAAAUAUACAGUACAACUUUUCUGUGUUUUAUUAAAUAUUUUGAUAGCAUUGUUCCAAUUAUAUUAAAAAAAAAAAAUCCACUGCUUUAUUUUCUUUUUUUGUUGUUUUUUUUUAAAUUUUCCUGUCCUAGGUUCCAUCUAUUUAAUGAGAACUUUCUUACUUUGGUUAUUGCAGUUAUUUAUUUGUUUAGGAAAGCAUUAUCUUCAUACUGUUGGUAAAGCAUCAAGAUUGGAAUAUUUACAUUGUUUAUUAAAGUAAUAAAGUCAGGCACAUAUUGUA